UAUUUCAAAUCCGAAAUUUCGCCUCGACGUGUGAGAAAUCCGCAUUUGUUUUGAAAUAGAUGCCCACUGUAACAGUGCCACGCGUCCACCAAAAAGUCCUAUUCCAUGAUCCGCUUUCCUUCUCUUGUUCUCUCUCUCUCUCUCUCAUGUUCUGUAACCCCCUCUUCCCGCCCAUUUAUUUAGUGCUCUCUUUCUAAUAUUUAAUGAUCAAAUGUCCAUUACUUUAUCUGCCUCGAUUCGAUUCCCAUGCAGUCGCUUUCUGAUUCCUUUUGUUUUCAGGGAUUUUUCAUUCCCCUGGCGAUCUGUUUAAUAGUUGACUUCUGAAACGAUGAUGCAAAAUCUGCUUCUUCGUUUGGGUGAUUUAUCCUGGGAUUGGAUGUUCCACGCUGGAUCUCAUCACGGUGGUUUAGAUUUCUUCUUCUUCGUCUUUCUUUUGCUUGGAAUUUAGUGUCUACGGGUUAGCUGUUCGUUUCCGCGAAUUGUGGGCUUGGAACUGGGAUCAUUCGUUGGAAUCUAAUGUAGACGAACAUUUACGACAUUCACUUUCAAACAAGCGAAAAAUUGGGCCUGAACCAUGUCAAGUUGUUGAUAGCCUCAGUGGAGAUAAGCAGAUCCAAAUCAAUGGGGUAUUAGAAUUUUUGAGAGGGUUGAUGGGUGAUGCAGGUUUUCUUCAGAAGGCAAGUUGUGGUAAUGCGAACAUCAGAAUCGAAGAAAUUCGUGGGUUUCUAUUGAAGUCACUAACAAAAGAAAUGGUUAAGAAAUGUCCAGAAAACAUCUUAAAGGCUCUGGUUUUUCUAUUGAGAAAUGAGGAUGUUCCUCUGGCUCUAGGAAGAAAGGAGCUAAUAAAACUCUGCACAAAAUGGCGGUGCAAAAACAAGAGGUUCUGGUGCCUUUCUGAGGAGCACAGAGUUUCUUUAGUCAUUCGGAAGCAUGUGCGCAAGGCAAUAGAAUCCAUACGAGUAGACUAUCAUUUCAAAUACGAUCAAAACAAUGAUGGUAAUGCUGAAAUUUCCCCCCUCAAUGAGCCAUGCCCCAUGGUUAUACAUGGACCUGGGGCUUCAUCUUCUACACUUGAGUUUGCUGAUCACAGGGUAGAAACUGGUAGAGAACAUAUUAUAAACUGUCUUGAUUUGAAUGUCACUACACCAACGCUUGAUGAGAAAAAAAUUGAAUGGUUUGAUCAGCAAGAAAAACGUGCUUGUGAUGAGAGAGAAACCACAUCAGGACAAGCAUCACAUAGUGCAAGUUUUCACACUACCACGAAGGAGCCAUUUUGUAAAGGUUGCAUGUGCUUCAUCUGUCAGUCUCCAAUUUUUCCAAGAAAAACAUGGCUCUAUCUGCUAUGCUCGUGCAAUCAUAUUUUUCAUUUAAAAUGCAUCAAGAAGGGAAGAUUCGGCGGGGUUGUGAAGGAAUGCGGCAUAGAUGGGGAGUUCUACUGCCCAAUAUGCUGUGUUAGGUAUGAUUUAGACUUGUUUUGGGGUCAGAGACUAAAUGACGCUUUCAACUCUAAAGAUACGGGCAUGUUUAGGAUGCAUCUUAAGUCAGCUAGAGCAGUAAUGGAUGGUACUCAGAGAAAGAGGUUUAGGAAGUUGCAGAAGGAGGUUUUGGACAUCUAUCAUUCGCGUAAGCAUACUCCUUUGUCCACUUUGCAGCAGCGGUUAGGUCAUGUCUUGGAAGAUUGUAAGCUUAACAAGAUGUUGAAAAGCUGUAAAGAAAUUCAGCAGCACCCGGAUUUUGAAGUGGGAGAAUCAGACCUGAGGGAACUUCUCACCAGAGUUAUGCAAACUCAAGACACUGCAAACACUGAUAUGAACACAUAUAAAGCCACAAGAAAUCGAGUUCUAUCUUUAAAGGAGACGUUAGCUAGAGUACAAGAGGAUCUGAAGAUGGCUGAGGAGGAACUCGAACAAAGGAAAAACCUCGCAGAGCUCUCUUCAUUGGCUUCUGAUGAAAUGAAAAACAACUUAGAAUUAAUGGAGGCUUUUUAUAGGAGUGAAUCUCUCAGAAACAGAAGGUUAGAAGCUUGGGAAAUGGCAUAUAACAAUGAAAUGGCAGAGUUUGGGACGAUGCUUGGAUGCCUUAAUGGAUUGAAUUGUUAUAAUGAUGGUUCUCUUUCUGAAUUUGAGUUGCUAUUAAGGAGCUUGCAGAGGCAGAAAGAGAAGAUAAAUUUGCUGCAUCACAUUACCGAGACCGCAACGCCUAGAAUUGAAGGUAAAGGAACAUAUUGUAUUAAUGAGUGUUAAGAUUGUGCUUAUCUUGGAGCUGGGGGCAUUGGGUCCUCUUUUUGUGAUUGGCUCCUCUUAGGACCCAUUUGAUAACUGGAAGCUAAACAUUCCCUUGAAAUCGGAAAUUCUUCUUUGCUGGGAA